AUGCUGCUCGCGUUUCCUACAACCACUGAGCUUCUUAUUCCAAACACCUACACGACAGCCAAUACCGUACCCAUUGACCUCGUAUCGCAACAUGUCAACAACCUCCUACAAGCCAACCAACACCAGCAGCAGCAACAUGAACAACAAUUCGAUGCAUUGAUAAGCACCAUUCGUCAAACGCUCACUGUGGCUCAAGUAUUUGAUCCAACGGCCCAAUACAACCUUCUCGACACAAUUACAUCCAUCCUUGGGUCAUAUGACAAUGAUACAUCUCAUUCAUCAAGGUUGCUACGCGAGUUGGGAUGGGAUCUAUUGGAAUGGCUGGAGCCUUACUUGACAACUGCCAAUGGUGAUCCGGACAUGUGUCACAAGGUGCGCGUGUUGACCUCUACGCUCUUUCGAAAGGUGGGACAAGCGAUUCGACCCCAAGAAGUUUACAUCUUUGCCAGUGAACAAAUGAGCCUGAUGAAUUGGGAUGAAAUGUUGUCAGAUGAGGAAACAGCUGUAUGCACCACCAUCCGGAUCGUCAACUACUUUGGCGUCUAUGGCGAAGCCUUGAAACGCACCAAUGAUCCGAGCACAUUUUUGGAAAACACGAUCUAUCCUUCCAGCUAUUGCACCAACGCACUCGAUUUCCUUGGAAAAGUAAUGCAACAACAUGCGUCAUGGGGCGACUCUGAAGUAAAGCCGAAUCGAUGGGAUCAUGUGAUACAAGUGAUGGCGAAUUCAAUCCUCGACUUUAUCGACCUCCUCACCACCACAGCUAUGGAUCAAUUGAAAAAGCAAAACCUUGACCAGAGUAUAUUCAAGGUACUAUCGCAUACGCCCCUGUCAGAGGCCAAUGUAGCCUUCAAGCAAUGGUAUCUCUCCACCUAUUUACUCCUCAAGAGCUUUGAGACGAUGAUUGCCAACAUGGAUAUGAGAUUAUUGGCCUUGUAUACCCAGCGGUUUCCAUGGAAAUACAACAUACGUCGCCCCUUUGAGAAGCCACCUCAGACAAUUGACAAGUAUGACAAUCAUGCAGCUAUGGUUGAUCUUGUGACACGAUGCUCGAAAAUCACACUUGCGCUUGGCAUCACUUUUGACAGCAUCCUUCAGUAUCGUCGCGUACUCGAGAAUCCGAUUCAUUCAGUCAAUGAUGAUAGCAACAUCAAUCCACAAAAGUACCCACUCUCAUACGAUGGUAUCAUCACCUUGCUCGCCAUAUCACUCUACGAUACCUAUCUCGUGACUCAAGUUUUCGAAGCCGAGAAUCUCAGCAUGUUGCCCAUGGUCCUACAGGAGCAAUGGAUUGGGUAUCACUGCCUCGGUCCAAUUUUGCAAUUUAUUGGCAAUGCUCAAGCAUUGUGCCGCGUAGACAAAGCAUUAUUCAUUCUUGUAUUCCUUGCCAACCAAGUGGAUGCAUGUAUAUCAAUUGACAUGUUGACGGAUAUGAACCUUCCUGGACCCUUGAACAAUGAUACAAAAUUCACAUUGAGAGGCGCACUUCAGGUCAUGUGCAACACAGCAGCGAACAAUCCACAUCCUGAUUUACGACUUACGGCGUACCAACUAAUAUCCUGCUUUAUCGACAUGUGUCAAGGAGAUGCACAGCUCUUUGUGUUUAUGGAUUUGUUGGAUGAACAACACAGCCCACCUAUGCAAGCAGCUGCUAUUGGAUUACUCAAAGAGCGUAUCGUCAAUGCAUUUGAUAAAAAGGGGACGAAUGGUAGCGUAUUCAGCACACGUGUUAUCACCGACAAGCUGUUUCCACGGAUGUUCCGUAAACCAACAUCAAGCACGCUCUCGAUGACAUUGGCCUAUCACAUGCAAUUGUUGAACCUUUACUUAUAUUUGCUCAUGCGUGAUCGACAGCAGAAACAGACUCGUGUGUGGGAAGGAGAUGUAUUGGAUUGGGUAGAAAAGUCCUAUAUACGACCGCUACGAGAUGCUAUUGAAGCAGCAUUGCAAUCAUUAUCUGGAGAUCAAGAACAAAUGAUACAGCUAAAUCUCUUGCAAAACACCCUAGAUCAAGUCAUGUACGAGCGUAAUAAAGAAUGA